AUGACAAACACUACAUCGUGCGGCACAGAACCUUGUAAAAAACAAGCAUGUGCCAUACAAGAUUGUUUAAAGAAAAAUGGUUAUGAUGACCAAAAAUGUAUUGAAAAAAUAAUGAGAUUAUAUAAUUGUUGUUUUAAUUACUAUAAAGAAAGUGGAGAAACAAAGACAAUAUGUUGUCCUACAAUUGAAAAGUUGCACGAAAAAAUGUUAAAUCUUGACAUUGCAAAAAGCUGA